AAAUCUUUUCACCUAUAUAUAUUAACCCAAAUUGAGUUAAUGAAUAGUGAGUAUCUAGAUCAUACUGCAACGUCGAUCCCAAUCAUCAUGAGCUCACCAAAACGUCAGAAAACCGACCCCAAAGAUCAAGUUAGUCAACCAGAAACAGGUGCACGAAAGGGCUACAUAAGUUGGGAUCAACACUUCAUGGAGGUAGCAGAGUCAGCCGCACGACGUAGCAAGGAUCCAGUGACCCAAGUGGGCGCAUGCAUUGUCAACUCGGAUAUGCAAAUCGUGGGAGUGGGAUACAAUAGCAUGCCAUACACGGCAGAUGGGCGCAAUGAUGACAAGUUUACUUGGCAAAAAAAAGUCAAAAAGGGCUACGUUUGUCAUGCUGAAUUAAAUGCAAUUGUGAAGAAGGAGCCCAGAAGUGUCAACAAUUGCACAAUCUAUGUCACCUUGUUUCCUUGUAACCACUGCGCACAACUUAUCAUUCAAUCAGGCAUCACUAAAGUAAUUUAUUUGGAUGAUAAACAUGCUAAUAAACCUGAUACAAUAUGUUCCAAAGAAAUGUUAGAUGCGGCUGGCAUUCCGUAUUCUCAUUUCAAGAGUCAACAAAUUUAUGAUAACAUUAAUAAUUUUUGCAAUUUUAAAUCUUUUCACCUAUAUAUAUUAACCCAAAUUGAGUUAAUGAGUAGUGAGUAUCUAGAUCAUACUGCAACGUCGAUCCCAAUCAUCAUGAGCUCACAUGAACCAGAAACUGGUGCACGAAAGGACUGCAUAAGUUGGGAUGAACACUUCAUGGAGGUAGCGGAGUUAGCCGCACGACGUAGCAAGGAUCUCAGCACCCAAGUGGGUGCAUGUAUUGUCAACUCGGAUAUGCAAAUCGUGGGAGUGGGAUACAGGUUUACUUGGGGUGAAGGGAUGUACGUUUGCCAUGCUGAAUUGAAUGCAAUUGUGAAGAAGGAGCCCAGAAGUGUCAACAAUUGCACAAUCUAUGUCACCUCGUUUCCUUGUAACAAAUGCACACAACUUAUCAUACAAUCAGGCAUCACUAAAGUAAUUUAUUUGCAUGAUAAUUUUGGAACAGUGAGUUCCAAAAAAAUGUUAGAUGCGGCUAACAUUCCGUAUAAUUUAUUCAAAAAUAAACAUUAAUGCAUAUACUAUAAAUAUUAAUGUUUAAAAAAGGUAUUUGGGAAAUUCAAUUUCGGAAAUAUGUAGAACAGAAAUAAAAAUAAAACUUCAAUUGUUAAAAAUUAUACAAAAAUCAAUGUGUCUGUAACUUUCAAAUAAAAAUCUCUAAAAACAUUAGAA